AUGCCAGCCAUGUCUGUGGAUCUGCCGGCGCUCUUGCAGAUUUCAGUGUCUCGCAGCACCGAGGAGAACCUCAUUGUCCCUGCACACCGCAGCGGUCUUUCUCGGCGAGCCAGAGAACUCGGAUUGCUGCGAGAGCAGAUCAACAUUGACACAUGGGGUGCUAAGAUGGCGAAUGACUUGUUUGCCCGCCUAUCACCACACGCAAUUGCGAUAUCGGAUCCCAAGCUCUCACAACUGAAACGACUGCAUGUCUUGCUCGGCCGCGCCGUGAUUGACCUCGUUGAUCGAUGGUUCACAGAUCAGACGGCGAACCUACCAGAACGGAUGCCAUUAGAUCCCGAUGAGGAGUUGUUGUUACGAUGGGUUACCAACAGUGGAAAAGUGCCCGAGUACUCUCAACACACCGGUUGCUGGCGCACUGAUAUUCUUUUUGGACGCAGCUCAGACGGUCUGAGUGAUGAGGCACCUCAAGUCUGCGAAAUUAAUGGGAGACUACCACUCAAUGGCAUUCUAGCUGUCGGGCACCAUGCGAGCGGCAUCUCCCGAUUUGGGGCUGGAAAACCCGACUUUCAGUCCAUAAGCAGCUUAGAGGAAUCACGUAAGCGUCUGAUGGACUUUUUCGAUAAGACUAAACCACUCUUUUGCAUCCGCGACAAGUGGCCUGGCGUCGACUCUGCCGUUUUCCUACCUGCCUGGACUGUGACCACAAAUCAACCAACACGCAUUGUUCGCCCAGCCGAUCUGGAGAUACGCCCGGAUGACUCUUCUGUCACAGGACACGCUCUCUGGGAUCGAUCUUCCAACGUGUUGAUACCGCAGUGGUUCGCAGAGAUGAUGCAGGAUGAGUGGGCUAGCCUGGAUCCGGCCGUGGCUCGCCACUUGGCGCUUACCCCCCUCAACGACCUUCGGACCAUUUUACUGGUGCACGAUAAGCGACUUCUGGGAAUCUUACCACAAGAGCUUCCGGGUAUGGUGGCUCGGGGCGUGCUGACGGCUGAUGAGGCCGACAUUGUGGCAGAGGGUAUUGUCGAGACACUUAUUCCUGGCUCUGCGGAACUCCAGGUAUUGUGGCAGAAGUCGGCUGCUGAUUCGACCGUCAAGGAUGGCUUUGUAUACAAGCCUUGCCGUGAUGGGUCUGGAGAAGGCGUCGAACUCGGUCGUAAUCUCACCCAAGAGGAAUGGCUUGCCCGGCUUGAACGACUUGCUGACUCGGACGCCCUGCAACCAAAUCAAUAUUCGGCUGUUAUCCAGCGGCUUGUUGAGCACAAAUGGUACGACUUUGUUCGUCACGAGAUUCCAGGCGCCACAGGACUGGAGGUAGACAGGUUUCAUCUCAUUGGAUCCAUGUACAUGUUUCAGUCACGGAUAUUCUACCCUGGCGUCUGGCGCCUCGGUCUCGAGACACAUCUUGGAUUGAGUCCUGAUAGCCCGGGAAUUGUAAUGAGUGCUGUACGUCUGCCUGACAGGCCGUUGUGUGAUAAAGAUGAGGAAGAGGCGAACAAUUGA